UCUAACGAUGUUUAAUUCUAAAUUUAUAGUACUGGUCUUUUCAUUUUUGCUUAAUCGUGCGCAGUGCCACGUUAUUUGGGAAACUACUAAUUCAUUGCAACCCGUUCAUGGAUUGUACGUGAAACCGUCGGUUGAUGGCACUACUGGAGACCUUUACGUGGCAGCUACAGAAGACAAUGGGGUUAAAUCUCAAUGGUUAACUGAUCAGCCUGUAAACUUUCUGCCAGCAUCCACUCAGAACCAGCCCAAAGCAGUUCCUGUGUCGUUUACAUCAAGUCUUACGAAGACAUCGUCACCAAUUGAAGAAACUAUUACCAGCCAAAGACGAGCUGUUAUUACAAGUCCUACGGUAAGGUACGCAUACGCGUUACCCGUUCCAGGAGCUGAAGGAAGUUACAUCGCUCCGUACCCAUAUGCUAUUCCAGCAAGCCCUGCGGUUGAAGGAUCUAAUAUUCCAUACUGCUCUGAUAACUCCGCACAGUCUUACCCUCCAGUUCAGUAUUUUUAUCCUCCAAUGAUGUCAGCGAUCGCUAGUGCUAUGAAUGCCUUAAAAGAAGGCGAUACCGAUGGCGGUUCUCAAGCUGUUACACCACAAACCCCUCCGUAUUGGCCAAGUACUUACGGCUAUCCCUACCAAUACAUUAUGGUUGAUCCCAAGACAUGGUCACAAGGUCAAAAUAGUGCACUGACUUCUACAACGACGAGUACGACAAGCAGCGAAAAUUCGUAAUUUAUUAAUUAAAAAAUUAGU